AAUGGUAGUACAGUUCAACAAGCCUUGCUGAAUUAUUUUUCUCUUCUUGUAGAAAUUAGCAACAGAAUGUGUUAGCUGUGGAUUCACUGGCACACUGCUUCCAUACAAAUGUGAUCUCUCGGUAGAGGAGGACAUCUCAUCCAUGUUUGCCUGGAUUAAAGUCCAACAUCAGGGCAUUGACGUGUGCAUUAAUAACGCUGGCUUGGCUCUCCCUGAACCUAUAUUAAGUGGCAAAACCAGUGGAUGGAGGACCAUGAUUGAUGUGAAUGUUAUUGGACUGUCAGUGUGCACGCGUGAGGCUUACAUGUCUAUGAAAGAAAGAGAUGUUGAUGAUGGGCAUAUCAUUAACAUUAACAGUAUGAGUGGACAUCGGGUGGUGCCCAGUGCUAAUGUACACUUUUACAGUGCCACUAAAUAUGCCGUAACUGCUCUCACAGAAGGUCUGCGGCAAGAGUUACGGGAGGCUAAGAGCCACAUACGUGCCACAAGUAUAUCUCCUGGUAUAGUGGAGACUGAGUUUGCUUACCGGCUCUUACGUAACAACCCAGAAAAAGCAGCAGCUAGCUAUGCAAGUAUAAAGUGCCUAAAAGCAGAUGACAUAGCCAGUGCAGUGGUGUAUGUCCUAAGUGCUCCUCCUCAUGUCCAGAUUGGUGAUAUUCAGAUGAGGCCUGUGGAACAGACAUCAUAACUCUUUUAACAGAUAAACAGAGGAUCCCUAUCGUCUUGACCGGCAUCCUAACAGCUCAUAAACAAUUUAAAAUGUUAUUUGUGGAGGUGUCAAAGAUGACAUUAGUGUUCCUUAUCUUUUUUAAAUUAUUUACAAUACAAUUCAUAAUAAAAUGCAAGCGGCCCACAAUCCAAACAUUGCUCUGCCUCAUGCUACAUUUACAUGCUACAUGCUACUUAACCAGUAUCUCUUUUGAGAAUUGUUUUUCUUUCUUUUGUAAAUGUGAGCCUGGAGCACAA